AAAUCGGUCGUUAUGGAUACAUGAUGCCCGCGCGCGGAAACCUAGUGUAUAGGCUCUUCCCAUACGUCGUCCAGGGUGUGUACGUAAUUAUUGUCAUUGUCGUCGUCGUCGUCGUCGUCGCACUAUAGAAUCCGCCAUGCUGAGAUACUGCCAUUCGCCUUCCGGUUCUCAUAGAAAAAACGUCGUUAUUGACUGCUCUGCCUCCGUUUGCGAAGAGUAAGCCAGAUUUCUUCGGUUUCUUCCUUCUCCCGCUGAUUUUGUGAAUCUUCGUCUUCCUCUGCACACGCGCGCGUCCUCCGCCGCGUUCUCCAUCUCGUUCGCCGGAAACCACAACUUAAACAAUGUAUAGCUUAAGACCACAAAGUGCUACGACGCGACAGCAGAUUGAGAUGAUUAACAAGGCCCAACGGGCCGUACAUACAACCACGGAUACCAUCGAGAAACUGCGUCUACUUUGCCUGGCUAGGGGUGCCAAUGGUAUCCUUGGUUUGGGUAGAGUAUUUCGUCGUAUAGACGAAGAUGGCAAUAACAAAUUAAGUUUCGAAGAAGUCAAAAGAAGUUUAGAGGAAUCCGAACUGGAACUCUCCGAGGAUGAAAUUAAUGAAAUUUUUAAGAAAUUCGAUGUCAAUGAUGAUGGAAGCAUCAGCGUCGACGAGUUCCUCGUUGGCAUAAGACCGCCGAUGAGUCAAAGCCGCAAAGAUGUAGUAAACCAAGCAUUUCAGAAAUUGGACAAAACCGGCGACGGGCAGAUCACCAUUGAUGAUCUUCGAGGGGUUUACAAUGUGAAAUAUCAUCCACGUUAUAUCAGUGGUGAGGAAAGCGAAGAGGAUAUUCUAAAUAAGUUUCUCUCGAAUUUCGAACAAGGAGGCAACGUGGAUGGUGUCGUUACAGAAGAGGAAUUUAUAAAUUAUUACAGCGCCAUUAGCGCGAGUAUAGACAACGACGCGUAUUUUGACUUGAUGAUGCGCAACGCUUAUAAACUGUGAAUCUCGAUCUUUAUUUGAAUUUAGAUAACAUUAUGUCAAUUCUGUAUUUGUCUAUUCUAUUACGGCAUCUGUCUAUUUUACUCACCGAGCAAAUACAAAAUUUGUUAUUUCGCUAAA